UGGAAAAACUUGAUUGACAAGAAGUGGAAUGAUACCAAUUGGCUGGUAAACUUUUCUUAUGUUUGUUUGUUGUUGACAAUUACCUUGUCUUCCUAAUAUAUAUAUUUUUCUAUUGGAACUUGCUCCUUGUAGAAGCAAUCAAAUGCUAACAUUGACAAUAGAAAUCAAUUGAAGAUGAAGCAUAGGUGUGGGUCAAAAUCUUUCCCAGUUAGGGUACACGAGGCGACAAUUGCAAAUGGGGGCCAACUGCCAGAGUUGCCAUGUGUUUACAAAUCUACACACUUUAAUGAUGUCACAAAGCAGUGGAUUUCUCCGGAGUGCGAAGAGAAUUAUGAUAAUAUGAUAAAGAUCCAAGAUGAACAUUGCUCCCAACCUGGUGUGGUUCCAAUUACUCCGGAGGAGCUAUCUGUGAAGGUGCUAAAGCCAAGGUCGGGAUAUGUUAAAGGACUCUGGUUGAGGCGUUCCUUCUCUGUCAGGACUACCAGUGCUUCGACUGACAGUGACUAUGUGAGGCGUCUAGAGAUGGAAAUACAAGAGCAAAAGGAGGAAAUUCAGUCAUAA